AUGAUUGGCCUCACAAAGCCUACUGCUGGCACCGCAUUUGUCGAAGGUCUGGAUAUACGGAACGAUAUGGAUAUGAUAUAUACCAGCAUGGGAGUAUGUCCACAGCACGACUUGCUGUGGGAACAACUCACCGGAAGAGAGCACCUGCUCUUUUAUGGCAGACUGAAGAAUCUACGAGGCUCCGCACUAACUGAAGCAGUGGAAGAGUCUUUAAAAGGUGUCAACUUGUACCAUGGAGGAGUUGCGGACAAACAAGCUGGGAAGUACAGUGGGGGAAUGAAGAGGAGGCUUAGUGUUGCUAUUUCACUAAUUGGGGACCCCAAAGUUGUUUACAUGGACGAGCCGAGCACUGGACUUGAUCCAGCUUCAAGAAACAGUUUAUGGAAUGUUGUGAAACGUGCAAAGCGGGAUCGAGCUAUAAUUCUUACCACACAUUCCAUGGAGGAGGCAGAGGUAUUAUGCGACCGAUUAGGAAUCUUUGUUGACGGUAGCUUGCAGUGCAUAGGAAAUCCUAAGGAGCUGAAAGGUAGAUAUGGAGGAUCUUAUGUAUUCACAAUGACUACCUCUGCGAAUCACGACGUAGAUGUCGAGAACAUGGUGAAGCAGCUCUCUCCCGGUGCUAGCAAGAUCUACCACAUAUCAGGAACUCAGAAAUUCGAAUUGCCGAAACACGAGGUCCAAAUAGGGGAUGUGUUCCAAGCAGUGGAAAAUGCAAAGAGUAGGUUCACAGUCUUUGCUUGGGGUCUGGCUGAUACAACAUUAGAGGAUGUGUUUAUUAAGGUUGCUCGAGGAGCACAGGCGUUCAAUGUUCUUUCAUGAUUCUCCCUUCAUCAGAUCUCCCAUUUUUAUACCACUCUCAUAUUUGUAUUUUAUCUAUAUGGUUGAAUUUAUAUGUAUAGUUGAUUAUGUGAGUACAAAUUACAUUAAUUAUUAUUUCUA